UCGGCACGACGAGUACGGGCGGGGCUUCCUUGAUCCCGCGGUGCUUCGCGGCAUCAUCUUGCUCUUCCGGUGCUGGCCUCACUCUUCCGGUCGCGAGCAGCCGGGGUGUAGAGGGCGGUCGCGGCGGUCGCUAGGGCAGCAGUGGCAGAAUGUUGGCUACCAGGGCACUUAGCCUAAUUGGCAAGAGAGCCAUUUCCACCUCUGUGUGUGUUCGAGCACAUGGGAGUGUUGUGAAGAGUGAAGACUAUGCUCUCCCUAUUUAUGUGGAUCGGCGUGACUACCCCUUGCCUGAUGUGGCCCAUGUCAAGCAGCUGUCUGCCAGCCAGAAGGCCCUGAAGGAGAAGGAGAAGGCAGAUUGGAGCAGCUUGUCCAGGGAUGAGAAAGUCCAAUUGUACCGCAUCCAGUUUAACGAGAGCUUUGCUGAGAUGAACAGGAGCACCAAUGAGUGGAAGACAGUCGUGGGUAUGGCCAUGUUCUUCAUUGGCUUCACUGCGCUCAUUCUCAUUUGGGAGAAGCGCUAUGUGUACGGCCCCAUCCCUCAUACCUUUGAUCGUGACUGGGUGGCCAUGCAGACCAAGCGGAUGCUGGACAUGAAGUCCAACCCCAUUCAGGGCUUCUCUGCCAAGUGGGACUACGACAAGAACGAGUGGAAGAAGUGAGACCUUGCUGCUUGCCAGUUCCCUCCUCUCGGCAUGCUGGAAGCCGCUGUGUCCAAAGGUCCAUCCUAAUAAAUGACCAGUUUACGUGA